CAAUUUUCGUUCUGUUCUGUGACUGACAGCCAGCCUGCUUUCCGUCAGCGUAUUUAUUGUUGCAAAUAAUCCGUGGCUCUUGAAAAUAUCUUUAUUUUGUUCCAUAAUUACAAUCAAAAUAACAUUUGGUUACUAAAAUGUUUAAUAAAUUCCUUGUGUCAUAGUGGUAAAUUGUGAAAGAAAUGGUCGGACUCCAUUGCUGUGCGGACAAUGUCGAUUUAUGGAUCUGUAUACAACAGGACAAAACGAAAGUGAAUAAAUAGUGUAGCGUGCGGAUUUCGGUGUUAAUUGUUCCUAGUUACCAAGGUUUUUGUAGUUAAAAUGGCACAAACUGUGCGUCGGGCGAUUGAAGGGAGAUAUCCUUCCUGCUAUAUUCCGAAAAGACUAAAAGAACGCAAAGCAAAGGCUGGAAUGUUGAGGGUAAGCCGCCCCGAUAAACCAGAAGACUUUGUGUGCUACUCGGACAGCGACAGUGAGGAAGAGACUCCGUUCCAACAGCACCGCAUACUCACUACCUCAUACAACUUUGUGGACUAUGUCCGCUCUAGAGAAAUACAGGCCCCGGAGCCUAGAUCCGUGGAUCCCCUCUACGCCACCCGCCACAUGCUCACUCGGGAUCUGUUCCGAGAGACCCCUCUCAACCUGGGCAAUAUGAACAAGGUGUUCUGUUCACAGUGGCUCUCAGACCGACAGGUUGUCUUCGGGACCAAAUGUAACAAGUUGAAAGUAUACGACGUCCGCACGCGGUCUUUAGAUGACAUACCCACAUUACGGCCGCGAGCGCCGUGGGCCGGGGCCGAGCAUCAAACCGGCAUACACGCGCUACAGAUCAACCCCUCCAGAACACUGCUGGCGACGGGAGCGCAGAAUUCCUGUGAACUCGCCAUCUACAGCUUGCCUACUUUAGACCCCGUUUGCGUUGGAGAAGCGCACAAAGAUUGGAUCCUGGACAUGUGCUGGCUGGACGACGAGUUCCUGGUGACGGGGUCGCGCGACUCCAAGCUGGCGCUGUGGCGCGCGCCGGCCGCGCCCGCCGCGGGCGAGGCGGCGCCCCACCACGACUACAUCUCGCCCGUCGUCACCAGGGAGUGCCGCUCAGGCCAAAAAGUCCGCGCGCUAACCUUCAACCCCCGUUGGCGCGAAAUCGCCGCUUUGACUCUCAACGGCUACAUCCAUGUGUUCAACGCAGAGACCUUCAAGCAGACCUUAUCCAGGAAACUGCCUUCGUGCCAGGACCUCGUAUGCCUUGCCACACAGGAAAGCGGUAUCUACGCGAUAGGCUGCAAAUCCUACACGUUACUGCUGGACUGCCGCACUCUGCAGUCCGUCCGGAAGAUAACUUCGCGGUACAACGGCUGCGGGAUCCGGUCUGCCAGCUUUAGGGGCAACAUGCUCACCAUCGGGACUGGGCUAGGUUUACUAAUGUUCUACGACAUGCGAGCGGCGAAGUAUUUAGAGAGCCACAUACACUCGUCCAAAACUGUCACGCUCAGGGCUUCCAGGGGAUACGUGUUCCCAGACGAAGAAGCAGACGGCUUCAACCAAGUGAAAUACGUCCCCGCCAUCUACACGCACUGCUACGACUCCUCCGGAACUCGUAUAUUCACUGCCGGCGGCCCGCUGCCUGCUCCGCUUAUAGGCAACUAUGCCGGCAUCUGGCAGUGAUACUUACUAUUAUGAUGUAAAUGGGCAUUGGCAUAUUUUAUUAUAUUAAACUGCGUUGGCGCCUGAAAGUGAUAGUUACAAAGUUCAAUAAGUUCCCGCCAUCUACACGCACUGCUACGACUCCGGAACACGUAUAUUCACUGCCGGAGGCCCGCUGCCUGCUCCUCUUAACCUUUUAAACGCCACAGACGGCAAUUGACGUCAACGCAAAAUCGUGACAACGACGCCAAAGACGGCAUUUGACGUCGAUCGAUUUUUGAUGAAAAUGUACUGAAAAACACCCCACUUUUAGGUUGGCAUUAUUUAUUCACAAAACUAAAUUUUACUGUGGCGUCAUUGGCACGGCAAAUGGAUCGUUUCGCGUCCAAAAGGUUAAAGUAGUGAUCCAAAGGACUCGAGCCUUUUAGCUCUUUUUUUAGGGCUCGCCUCAUCACUUGACGCCUAAAAGGCUAAAAGUCUAUUCAGCUCUUUAGCCCCAGAGCCUAGUUAUAUUUAAGAUCCUAGACUCUUGGGGCUAAUAACCUUAUUAAGCCCGUCCAGCCGGUCGGGGGCUAAAGAGCUAAAUAUAGCCUUUUAGGUGUCAAGAGAUGAGGCGAGGCCUAAAAAAAGAGCUCCGAAGGCUCGAGUCUUUGGGAUCACUAGGUUAAAGGCAUCUGGCAGUGAUAGUAGUCUCGUUAUAAUCUCAAAUUAUAAUAACGUGAUGGAAACUGGACAUUGCCAUAUUCUUUUGAUAAAAUAAUUUCACUAUAUUACACUUACCGCAACUUUUAUUGCCCUUUGAUACUACUUACCUACCACACCUUAUAUCUCCACUUAUGUUUUGUUUUAUUUUGACAAUGUCAUAAGUCAAUGCCGUGUUAGGGUCUGCUUUAUUAUACCGGGUGUGGCCUGUAAUAUGAGCAAAAAAAUUAAACUGUAGGCUGUACUCCUCAUACUGACCAACAUUUGUUCGGCGACUUUUAAAAAUAACUUGUGGUUUGAUUUUUAAUACACUUUAAAGUUCUAAGACGCAAUGUAUUGCGAAUUUUGUUAUGUUUAAGGCGUCAUGCCUUAAUCAUAACAAAAUUCAAUCACAACGAUAGCAACGUCAAUCACAACGAUAAUGGCGUGGCGAUGGCGUCCAUUGAAGAUAAUAUUUAUUUUGUAUGAAAAAUAGGGAGUCUUAAUGCUUCAUAAUUUUUAAAAGUCGUUGAAUAGAAGUGUCACCGUUUGAAGAGUACAAUCUAUGUUUUAAUUAUUUGCUCGUGUUACAGGCCACACCCGGUAUGUGUCUUUAUGUACCCACAUGAUUAUACGUCAAAAGUUCUAUAUUUGGGUGACUGUUCAGAUUUGGCCGUGACUUGCAAAUAUGCAGAGAAAUAAUUUAUGUUUAUGAAGUCCUUGCCCCAAAAUGUACAUUAUAAUUAUUAUUAGGAAAUAUUAGCGUAAUUUAUAUAUAAUAUUACGGCAUAAUGUAUAGGAGGAACUAUAUAUGUCAGAAAAAAACAGUCAUUGUAAUACAGUAGAAUCCGGUUAGUACGACUUCGCUUAUAACAACCAACCGCUUAUAGCGACGUAAGUAUAGGCACUUGUUUGGUUUUAGUACAAACUACUAUGAAAGAACAACCGUUUAUUACGACUCCGCUUAUAACAACCGACCGCUUUUAACGACGGAAAUUGACACAAAAUCCGUCCGUCAAGUCCGGUUACAGCGACGAGCGACGUAGUUUUUACAAAUAAAUUGUUGGUAAGAAGCUUACUCCGUCCCGCUCACCCAACUCCCCUUUUACCUAUACGGAGCAAGAUGAAAUAGUCACGUGAUUUUUCGUAAACUUGCUCUUCUUACUUUCGUAAACUAAAUAAAACCCAAUUCCCAUUAUUCAUUUGAGCUUAAACUUCACAUAAGUGCAUAAUUAUGUAAGUUGGGUAUCAAUGCAAUAUUUGGUAGGUACCUUCGAGCUGAUCUGAUGAUGGACACAGGAGGUGGCUAUAGAAACUGUGUGAUAAAACAACGUCAUCUUGAUUAGAUCUCCAAGCGUUGCGUCUUUUUAUUUUACGGGAUUCGAGUAAUUUGCGGAUGACGAGUGAGUACGCGUAUAUUGAAAAGUGGCUUCUUCUAAACACACAAGUCUCUCCAUUUUGACAAGGUGUCGUAAUACUAACGUAAAAAAAUAUUUUAAAAGAAAUGUUUUCUUUUUUCUUUAAUUGUCGCAUGAGUAUUAAUAAAUACAAAAUGAUGUAAUUAUUUUGAUUGAAAAAAUAUAUUAAAAUUGGCGGUUUGUUUUGUACGACGUCCGGUUAGUACGACGUAAUAUCAGCGGUCCCUUGGGUGUCGUUAUAACCGGACUCUACUGUAUGUAUUUUUUUAUUUGGCGCUUCAUAAAAAAUAAACUUUCAAAGUUGACUACCAACUUACCAGUCAUGGUGGAAAAUGGUACAGUCUAGAAAUUGAAUUUAUGUACAAUUGUAGUGCAUUAAUUAUUUGUGACGUUCCACGGCAAAAGGUGCCUUAUGGCGGCUGGCGCUUACGUCGCAUAGCGCCGCAAUAAUAUUGGAGCGGCGUUAAUAAUAGCGUAAGUGCCAACCGCCAUAAGGUACCUUUACUCGUGGGACGUCACAUUUUCCGUCGUAUUUUCACGGAAACGUACGAACGUGUCUUGUUUUUCAGUCAAUCUCGGUACAAAAUGUACUGAGGUUGACUGAAGUAGCAUGACAAAUACGAACGUUUCCGAGAAAAUAUGAUGAAACUACAUCUGUACCACUUCGCACUUCACUGUGACAAGUAGUGACAACGUAGUCAGAUAGACGAACUACACUGCCGCUAUUCAAUAAGAGGACUAGGGACGAUUAGAUACAGGGUGGCCGGUGGCAGAUUUCAGAUUUCAUAAUUUGAUAAAAAAAACUAAAAUAGGUAUAUAAACUAAAAUUGUAUACUUAUAUAAAAAGUUGAUGAAUGCGGAUAAAAUUUUUUGAAACUCAUAUUUUCUACCGAGCUUCCAAUAAGAUUAGCUGACGGUGCAUCGCAGACAUCGCAGUAUGGCGUAUAUUAAAAUUAAUAUGGCAGCUUACGCCUAGGAGCCCCAUUCUGAUUUUAAUUUAUUGUUCUGAAUUUUUUGGUCCAGAAAGAUGACUACGGUCAGCUGAUAGAUUAAAUCCGUAACAGUUUUAGAAGAAAAAAUUAAAGUCAAAGUCAGGGUCUUGCAGUACUGAAUAAAAAGCCGUUUUUAGAUACGCCUCAAUAGCUCGUGCGCUGCUCCGCAACACUCACGAAACUAAAAAAAAACAUCUGCGUCUCCUUGGCACUACGCGUUCGAAAAUUAUUUGGAUUUGAAAUCGGAAAUCUGCCACUGGCCACCCUGUAUAUCAAUUAUUAUUGGCAAAUGAUUUGAUCAGAUUGUGCGAAUAGUUGUUCCACCGGAUACCUAAUUUUCGACAAGGAAUAUCAAUAUUCAAUACCAUGGAAAUUCAGGCCAUGUGUUUUUGUAAGCAGCUUGUGUGGUGCGCUUACAAACUUAUGACGCGAAAGUUGUUAUGAUAAUUAUAUCUAUUGUAUACAAUCGCAAAAUUAUGUAUAGCAAUAACUAUGUACAAAUUUAUUUAGAUAUAACGCUAGAGUCCUUAUUAAAUUGUGUUUCCAUUGGAUUUUAGUGUUUAAUAACAUUGAGGGGUAUAAAUACUAUAAAUGGGCCUAGCAACCAGGUACACAAACGGACAUUAUAACUAAAUUAUAUUCUAGUUAGGACUGCUAUCUUAAUAUAUUUUUUUUUACAACAUUCGUUACCAUAACACACACUAUUAAAUUGAAUAAAAUAAAAACCCCUACGCAUUACUUAUAGCAAAAAUACCUUAUAACGUUUUGGAAAAGAGCUGAUACUUUUCAAACUGCCGGAUUGAUUUUUAUUAAACAUUGGUAGUAACUAACUAACUAUACUCUGUAUCUUUAGGUAUUUAAAUAAAAGUAAACAAAACCUGCCCUCAAGUGGCUCCUUAAACCAGAGGGUAGAUGAAAACAUUACAUGAUCAAAUAAUGUAGGUUAAUGUCAGGUCGUUAAGUGACUGAUCCAGGCGGUUUUAUAUUUGGUUGGUUAACCAAUAAAUGUUAUAACUAACCGAAAAUGCACAAAUCGUUUGUUUACUUUUAUUUAAAUACCUGAAGAUACAGACUGUACAAACUAGUGGGAAUAACCCGCCGCAAGCCAUUGUUUAAUAUUCUAUUGUUUCCAACCCGAUUUUAAUGCUCGUUUGUGCACUGUGUCAUAAAUUUAUGAUUUACAGUACAUCUGGUGCUAUGGGGCUAUUCAUAAAUUACGUCAUUUCAAAUUAGGGGGGGGGGUCUAGACAUCGGAUGAUGGUAGCAUGACGUAGGAGGAAACGGUCAUUCGAAGCAUGAUUUUGGGGGGGGGUCAAAAAUCGAUGACGUAAUUUAUGGACAGCCCCUAUAUUACGACACCAGCACGGAUAUGAUGGUCGUUUUUGUCUACAUGACAGCGUGAUAAAACGGUAUCUGUCACUUUCUUUCCCGCGGUAUUAAAAAGAGACAGUUAUUUUAUUACGUGGAUAAAGCUAAUCCAUAAUACGCCUGCUGUGCGGAUAUGAUGGUCGUUCUUGUCUACGUGACAGCGUGAUAAAACGGUGUCCGUCACUUGCUCUCCCACGGUAUUAGAAAGUGACAGUUAUUUUAUCACGUGGAUAAAGAUGGAUAAAGCUAUCCAUAAUACGCCUGCAGGUGCUACAAUAAGCACACGUCAAAAUUUUAAAGGGUCAUAUGUACUGUAAAACGUUGUACGAUACACGUGCGAAUAGGUCAUUCGCACUGGUAUCGCAAAUAAUUAUUAUUUCAUAGGCGGUUUGGAUUGGCGUGCAAUUUAGUAAAAUUGUAAAUAUGAUUUUUAGAAUUAAGCCUCUAUACAUAUUCUCUUCUCCAUGAAUUGUAUAUUUUUGUUUAAAUACUAUUCAAUUAUCAUUUUGUUUUGUGGGUGAAUCAACUUUUUCUUGUCACUAGCUGCCAUGGUUACGGUCUCCUGGGUCACUCUUAAAAUACUAGUUAUUUCGUAUUUAAAUGAACCAAACUUGAAUUUUUUGGUAGUUAUAAAGCCUAUCCAUAAUGGGACAUCUACUAAGCACGUUUGUAGAACAUGGUACAGCAGCUCUUCUAAGAAACUAUGCUACUAUUGUCUCCUGGCUGAUGGGACAGAAUAACAACAAGAAAUAGUUGAUCGCGGUAUGUGAUGAGUACGGUAGUGUGUUACGGCUAUUACUGAGAUAGUGAGUUGUGUAUAAAAUAGCGUUAGGAUGUGGUUUAACUGUUUUUACCAUAAUUACGUACUCGAUAUCCAUGUACAUUGGACACUAAAAUAAAAGACUUGAUUAUGC